AUGAAUACCCUUCCCCUCCCCAAGAUUUACGCCCACCUGGAGCAGACGUUGAGAGAAAGACGCGAAGCUGAACUCGAGCGAGAUAUACUCGCUCAUCGACUGAGUCGAAUGGAGUCCGAUCUCAGAGAUUCCUCAGCGCGGGUGCUGCAGCUCGAAGGGGCUCUUCAGCAAGCAACGCUCGCUCGUCGGAAGGACCAGGACGAUCAUGUCGCGACGAAACGCGAGUACUUAGAAGCGCGAGCGAAACUGGACAAUGCCUCCAAUGGCUGGAGUGCUGCUGUGCGUGACGUCGGCGCUUGCUGUGUAUGCGGUGCUCCCGCAGUGGGUACCGUCGUGCCAUGUGGACACAGCAUCUGCGAAAGCGGGCAUAAGAUGCGCGAUUGCGACUGCGAUCUGCCUUUUGGGACCCCAGGCCGUUGCAUGGCCCACGGCACGAAAGCUCGCUGCCCAUACCAUUCAU